UGAUGAGUUGCUGGAAGCUGAGCCAAGGAAGAGAGACGUUGUCUCCCCUGCAUACGACUCCGUGAUAUGCGGCAGUUCAACGAUGGUACGUCGACUAGCUCAUCUCGCAGUCAUGCCCCCCCAAAGACACUCCCUCCCCGUGCCGACCAGCUGGAGUAGAUGCAGUUGGAGAUGAUUGAGCCGACGACGAGGACGGCUGAGAGGAAGCCGAGGAUGGUUGAGCUGACGGCGAUAACGGUUGAGAGGAUGUUGAAUGCGAUCUAGCUGACGACGACGCUAAAUGCGAUUGUCCGUAUAGCGGCGGCGGAGUCGAAACUUGAGCCAUGGAAGAAGGGCCCUGGCUUCCCUGCACACGAUAACGUGAUAUGCGGCUCAUCUCACAAUCAUCCCUAGCUCUCUCAAGCCUUUCCCUCCGCAUACGGACGAGCUGGAGGUAGGCGAGGAUGAUUGAGCCGAUGGCGAGGACGGCGGAGAGGAUGCCGAAGGUUAUUGUUUGGAUUGUAGCGGAGGAGUCGGAAGAGGGGUUGGAGAAGAUGGAAGGUGUUGCGGUGGGGGUGGUGUCGAGGAGGGUUGGGACGGGGGUGGGUGAGGUCGUGGAGGACAUGGAAUUGAGAGUUGGAAGGAGUAGUGUGAGCGAAGAGGUAGAGGACAUGGCCAGCGACAUGCUGUUGGACAUAGGAGGAAACGUCGGGAUGCCGUAUUUAGACCCAGGAAACAAUGGCGCCGGUGGAUGA